GGAGGCUGUCGGGAAGUAGGCGGGGUGACGUGGGGUUGACGCUCGGCGGCGGGUUUUGCUGAGGUCCGCGGCCGGUCGGUGGUGGCCGCUGGUGCUUGGGGGCUUCGGAGAGCGCGAGGUGGAGUGGGGCGGCGUGUGGCCGGGGCCAUGACGAGCAAUGCCGGGGAGUGGUGUCUCAUGGAAAGCGACCCCGGGGUCUUCACCGAGCUCAUUAAAGGAUUCGGUUGCCGAGGAGCGCAAGUAGAAGAAAUAUGGAGCUUAGAGCCUGAGAGUUUUGAAAAGUUAAAGCCAGUUCAUGGGUUAAUAUUUCUUUUCAAGUGGCAACCAGGAGAAGAACCUGCGGGCUCUGUGGUUCAGGACUCCAGACUUGAAACAAUAUUUUUUGCCAAGCAGGUAAUUAAUAAUGCUUGUGCCACUCAGGCUAUUGUAAGUGUACUACUGAAUUGUACCCAUCAAGAUGUCCACUUAGGAGAGACAUUAUCAGAAUUUAAAGAAUUUUCCCAAAGUUUCGAUGCAGCUAUGAAAGGGUUGGCAUUGAGCAACUCAGAUGUGAUUCGACAAGUGCACAACAGUUUUGCCAGACAGCAGAUGUUUGAAUUUGAUACAAAGACAUCAGCCAAAGAAGAAGAUGCUUUUCACUUCGUCAGUUAUGUUCCAGUUAAUGGAAGGCUGUAUGAAUUAGAUGGAUUAAGAGAAGGACCAAUUGAUUUAGGUGCAUGCAAUCAAGAUGACUGGAUUAGUGCAGUGAGGCCAGUCAUAGAGAAAAGGAUACAAAAGUAAUGCUCCACUCAUGCCAUUGAUGUAUAAAUCUGGUUUUUAAGGUUUUUCUUAA